AUGGCGUCCAUCUACUACGCACUCGAUGUGCUCGCUUGCGCACUCGUCCACCUCUGCGUUGCAGCAUCGGCAUCUUCAUCGCGCGAGACACGCCUGUUCCCCUUGCCCAUCUCAUCUUUUGGCCUUGCUCGCUUCUUUGACUGCGUCAACUCGACCGCCUAUCCGACUGCAUCCGUCAAGUACAUGAUCAAUCGCGAACGGCUCAACAUCUUCGCAGAUAUUACUGAGCUCGUAACAAGCGCAAGCCGAGAUCUUGAAGAAUGCAAUGAGCAGGUCGGCAGCGAUACCUCUACACUCGACUAUAUCAGCUUCUACCACACCACGCGACGUGUCGAAGGCACCCCAAUCUCGCAGGCACAGCAUGAUCACACCAUGGUGUACUGCAAUUUCGAGCUGGACCCACCCGUUGAUAUCUCCACCACCACGACGAACGCUGUUCCAUUGACUGGCUCGGCCCUAGCGAGGGUCUUGGGAGAUUGUACGGUCACAAGUGUCUUUGCAAUGCAUCCGCUGCUUGGUCAAGGUCAUAGUAAAAGUUUGUCGUUCAGUCGUUGCAAGGUUACUCAGGGCAGCUCGCUCGUCCCAGCAUAUUUCAUGGCCCCUCCCGCGUUGUCGGCACUCGAGCCCUUAUGCAGCUUUACGUCGACCACCGCAGCAGUAUCCGGGACCCGACCCUCGCCCACCGGGUCUACUCAGAAGGCGGGGCUGAUAAGCUGA